GCGGGCUGCGAGCCUGCUUGCCAGCUAGCCGGAGCCGCGGGCGAGCGCGGCUAGCGGGGCUCUGGUGAGGAGCGCGGCUGCGGAGGCGGGUUCCCCAGCUCCGCCGCGGCCACUCUCCGCGGCUCGAGCACCCCGAUUCCUUCCCUCCCCUCCCCUGCGCUCCGGCUUGGGGUCGCGGGGCGGGGAGCGGAGGGAAGGGACGAAAGAGGAGGAGGCGAACGCGGGGUGAGGGGCGGAGGGGUCCCGGCGCGGGGCGAGGCGCGCGCUGCCUCUCGCUCUCCCGCCGCAGCCGCCGCCUCCUCGCGGGCUGCCGCGGCCCCGGGGCGCCCGCACUAUGCGGGCGGACUGCCGGCCGCCGCGAUGGCGAGCCGGGCGGUGGUGAGAGCCGGGCGCAGCCCGCAGUGUCCCCAAGUCCGGGCCGCGGCUGCCGCCCCCGCCCGGGCCGCGCUCCCCCUCUCCCGCUCCUGCUCCCUCCCUCCCCGCUCCGGCCCCUCCUCCUCCUCCAUGCCUCUGUUCCUCCUGCUCUUACUCGUCCUGCUCCUGCUGCUGGAGGACGCUGGAGCCCAGCAAGGUGAUGGAUGUGGACACACUCUACUAGGCCCUGAAAGUGGAACCCUUACAUCCAUAAACUACCCGCAGACCUAUCCCAACAGCACUGUUUGUGAAUGGGAGAUCCGUGUAAAGGUGGGAGAGAGAGUUCGCAUCAAAUUUGGUGACUUUGACAUUGAAGAUUCUGAUUCUUGUCAUUUUAAUUAUUUGAGAAUUUAUAAUGGAAUUGGAGUCAGCAGAACCGAAAUAGGCAAAUACUGUGGUCUCGGGUUGCAAAUGAACCAUUCGAUUGAAUCCAAAAGCAAUGAAAUGACUGUGCUGUUCAUGAGUGGAAUCCAUGUCUCUGGAAGAGGAUUUUUGGCCUCAUAUGCAGUUGUAGAUAAGCAAGAUCUGAUUACUUGUUUGGACACUGCAUCCAAUUUUUUGGAGCCUGAGUUCAGUAAGUACUGCCCAGCUGGUUGUCUGCUUCCUUUUGCUGAGAUAUCUGGAACAAUUCCUCAUGGAUAUAGAGAUUCCUCGCCACUCUGCAUGGCUGGUGUGCACGCAGGAGUGGUGUCAAACAUUUUGGGUGGCCAAAUCAGCGUUGUUAUUAGUAAAGGUAUCCCAUACUAUGAAAGUUCUUUGGCUAACAACAUCACAUCUGUCGUGGGACACUUAUCUACAAGCCUUUUUACAUUUAAGACAAGUGGUUGUUAUGGAACGCUGGGAAUGGAAUCUGGUGUGAUUGCCGAUCCUCAGAUAACAGCAUCAUCUGUGCUGGAGUGGACUGACCACACAGGGCAAGAGAACAGUUGGAAACCUGAAAAAGCUAGACUGAAAAAACCUGGACCUCCUUGGGCUGCUUUUGCCACUGAUGAAUAUCAGUGGUUACAAAUAGAUCUGAAUAAAGAAAAGAAGAUAACAGGCAUUAUAACCACUGGAUCCACCAUGGUAGAGCACAAUUACUAUGUAUCUGCCUACAAAAUUCUGUACAGUGAUGAUGGGCAGAAAUGGACUGUGUACAGAGAGCCUGGUGUGGAACAGGAUAAGAUAUUUCAAGGAAACAAAGAUUAUCACCAGGAUGUUCGUAAUAACUUUUUGCCACCAAUUAUCGCACGUUUUAUUAGAGUGAACCCUACUCAAUGGCAGCAGAAAAUUGCCAUGAAAGUGGAGCUGCUUGGAUGUCAGUUUAUUCCUAAAGGUCGUCCUCCAAAACUUACUCCACCUCCACCUCCUCGGAACAGCAAUGACCUCAAAAACACUACAGCCUCUCCAAAAAUAGCCAAAGGUCGUGCCCCAAAAUUUACUCAACCACUACAGCCUCGCAGUAGAAAUGAAUUUCCUGCACAGACAGAGCAAACAACUGCUUCUCCUGAUAUCAAAAACACUACCGUAACUCCAAACGUAACCAAAGAUGUAGCACUGGCUGCAGUCCUUGUCCCUGUGCUAGUCAUGGUCCUCACUACUCUCAUUCUCAUAUUAGUGUGUGCUUGGCAUUGGAGAAACAGAAAGAAAAAAACUGAAGGCACCUAUGACUUACCUUACUGGGACCGGGCAGGUUGGUGGAAAGGAAUGAAGCAGUUUCUCCCAGCCAAAACAGUGGAACACGAGGAAACCCCGGUUCGCUACAGCAGUAGUGAAGUUAAUCACUUGAGUCCAAGAGAAGUCACUACAGUGUUGCAAACUGACUCUGCAGAGUAUGCACAGCCACUUGUGGGAGGAAUUGUUGGCACACUUCAUCAGAGAUCUACCUUUAAGCCAGAAGAAGGAAAGGAAGCAGGCUAUGCAGACCUGGAUCCUUAUAACUCACCGGUGCAGGAAGUUUAUCAUGCCUACGCUGAACCACUCCCAAUUACUGGGCCCGAGUAUGCUACCCCAAUCGUCAUGGACAUGUCGGGGCACCCCACCGCCCCAGUCGGUCUGCCCUCCACAUCCACUUUCAAAGCUACAGGGAACCAACCUCCCGCUCUGAUGGGAACUUACAGUACACUUCUCUCCAGGACUGACAGCUGCUCCUCAGCCCCGGCCCAGUAUGACACCCCGAAAGGUGGGAAGUCAGGUCCAACUGCCCCAGACGAAUCGGUGUACCAGGUGCCACAGAGCACACAGGAAGUGUCAGGAGCAGGAAGGGAUGCAGAAUGUGAUGUUUUUAAUUAAGUCCUUUGAAGGUGAUGCUGCUUUUUACAAAGCAUCGUUUUAAAGCACAUGGCCUUUUUUUAAUUAUUAGUGGUAGUAAUAUAUAGAAUGUAUUACAUAUCUGUCACUGAAGUGGUUGGGGAAAAUGUGGUGACCAAGGUACGGGAAACUACUAAUCUUGCCAUCUUGCUUUAAAGGUGUUAGUUCCUGUGGCACAGUUACUGCUUGCCUGUUAAAUUUUGAACAUCCUGUUUGUUACUACUGUAAAACACUAUUUUUAAUACAGAAAAAAGGUCCCUAUAA